AUGGCUAAUCCAGAGGAGCUGGAGUCUACAGCAGGUGUAGAUGUUGGGGCUAAUAUAAAUGGAGAAUCUAUUCCCUGUAGAGACACAUCACAAACAGAUGGUCAGGGAGCAACCGAUCAGAUAUGUCCUGAGAAAAUAGAGGUAGUCUCUGUAACCGAGGAGGACAUUCCUGCUGUGGAUACCCCAACCCUGCUCAAGGCCAGUCCACUGGACAGUUCAAGUGCCAGUCCUGCACCAGAUGACAGCACCGUCAAACCAACCAAAGGCCCUCUAACAGAAACCCCCUCAGCCCAGCCCGGCCUUUCAAUGCCAGUUACCAAAGUCCAGCCCUUUGUUACAGCAGAGGAGAAAACACUCAAGGGAAGCCUGUUUGCACGCAGGAUGGAGAUACUUAUUGGGGCUUGUGUCCUGCUCACCCUCAGUAUUGUGCUUGUAGUUGGAUUGAGCGAGAAGAUCAUUUAUCACAGUCGCUACAGACCCAAGGGCUUGGACAAUGAUAUUGCUCUGAUGAAACUGGUGCAUCCCCUCAGCUUCAAUGGUUUUGUGGAGCCUAUUUGUUUGCCGAACUUUGGGGAGGAGUUUGAGGAUGGUAAAAUGUGCUGGAUCUCAGGAUGGGGUGCCACUGAUGAUGGGGGUGAAGGGAGUGUAUCGCUGCUUUCAGCAAGAGUCCCACUGAUCUCUGCAAAGGCCUGCAGUCAGCCGGAGGUUUACCAAGGUUAUAUAUCACCAGGCAUGAUCUGCGCAGGCUACUUGGACGGGGGAACAGAUUCCUGCCAGGGAGACAGUGGUGGUCCACUGGCUUGUGAGGAUUCCUUUACCUGGAAAUUGGUGGGAGCCACAAGCUGGGGACAAGGCUGUGCAGAAAAGAACAAACCUGGGGUUUACCUGGAUACAUCUGCAGAUGGAGAGAGAAGAAAUGCUGCACCCCUCUACAACCAGCUCUACAGUUUAAUUAUGGGAAAGACAUCAAGGAACUGAAUCCAGGCAGAAACUCCACAAAAAAACAACAACCUUGCACUGGUCACUGUAUGUCAUAUACAGG